GCAAACAAGUUUCUCUCUUCUCCCGCCUGCUUGCCUUUUUAUCCACAGAUAAUUGGUGAAAUGAGAAACGGCCUUCUCACAGGGGAAUGAUCCUUGCCUGUGAAAGCCACAUUCAGGACAUACAAGGUUCUCAUUUGCUUUUAAAAGCCAGGCUGUGGAGGAGGAGCUAGGAUGAAUGUCUCAGCAGCUAUCCUUGUAGAGCUUUGCAGAUGAAUGAAAAGGAGUCUUCACCAAAAGGAGGCUUCACCUGAUCCAGGCCUUCGCCACACAAGACCAUCCCACACAGUCCUGCAUGAUUUCAAGGGCACAACAGCUUUGCGACAUGAAGACCCUCCUCAAACUUCAAACGCUGAGGCCUAUCUGGAGUUCCAAGCCUUUUUGCAGAUUGAUCCAGAAAGAUAUCAGGGCAUCUGCUUCUGUUGAUCUUUCCAAUUAUGAAGCCAUUAAUCGGUGUGAAAAGGAUGUCCCUGAGUAUUUUAAUUUUGCAAGUGAUGUACUGGACAAAUGGUCCGUGGUGGAAAAGGAGGGAAACAGACCUCCCAACCCAGCCCUAUGGUGGAUAAACGGGAAAGGGAACGAAGUGAGGUGGAGCUUUGAGGAGCUGGGGUUCCUCUCUAGGAAAGCGGCAAACGUCCUCCAAGAUGCAUGCGGUCUGCAAAAAGGCGACAGAGCCAUGGUCAUCCUGCCUCGAAUACCAGAAUGGUGGCUGCUGAACAUUGCCUGCAUCAGGACCGGGGUUGUCUUCAUACCAGGGACCCCUCAACUGACAGCCAAGGACAUCCUGUACAGACUCCAAGCAUCAAAGGCCAAAUGCAUGAUUGCAAACGACAUUUUGGCACCUGUGGUGGACUCCAUUUCAGCAUCCUGCUCCUCUUUGAAAACCAAGUUGCUGAUCUCUGAAGGCAGAAGGGAUGGCUGGCUGGAUUUCAAGGAGCUCUUUGAGGUGGCCUCUUCCAACCACAAAUGCAUUAGAACAAAGAGCAACGAGCCAAUGACGAUCUUCUUCACCAGCGGGACAACAGGCUCUCCAAAGAUGGUGGAACAUACUCAGAGUAGUUUAAGUCUUGGAAUGGCCUUAACUGGAAGGUGCUGGCUGGACUUCAGGCCUUCCGACAUCAUGUGGAACAUGUCCGACACAGGCUGGAUCAAAGCUGCCUUGGGCAGCGUCUUUGCUCCGUGGCUCCGAGGCAUCAGUGUCUUCAUACACAGCAUGCCGCAGUUUGAGUCACAAGAGAUGCUAAAGACUCUCUCCAGGUAUCCAAUAACCACACUUUGCAGCGCUCCAACAGUCUAUCGCAUGCUGGUGCAGCUGGACCUUACCCGUUACAGGUUCAAAAGUCUGAGGCAUUGUUUGACGGGAGGGGAACCACUCAAUUCUGAAGUACUGGAGCAGUGGAAAAGCCAGACGGGGCUGGAUAUUUAUGAAGGCUACGGACAGACUGAAGUAGGUAUGAUAUCCCAAAAUGAGAAAGGAAAGCCAAUUAAACCCGGCUCCAUGGGCAGGCCAGCCUCCCCAUAUGAUGUUCAGAUUAUAGAUGAAUUCUGCAAUAUUUUGCCUCAUGGGAAAGAAGGAGACAUUGCAAUUAGAAUCCAACCCAAGCCGCCAUUUUGUUUUUUCUCUCGCUACGUGGAUGAUCCGAAGAAAACUGCUGCAGCCUUUCGCGGGGAUUUUUAUAUCACUGGAGACAGAGGACUGAUGGACCAGGAUGGAUAUUUGUGGUUUGUUGGAAGAUCUGAUGACGUCAUCAUCUCUUCUGGGUAUCGCAUCGGGCCUUUUGAGGUGGAAAGUGCACUGAUAGAGCAUCCAGCAGUGGUCGAAUCGGCUGUGGUCAGCAGCCCUGAUCUUGUCCGAGGGGAGGUGGUGAAAGCUUUUGUGGUCCUGUCUCCUUCCUUCAUGGCAUAUAAUCCUGAGAAGUUAACCCUUGAGCUGCAAGACCAUGUCAAGAAAGUAACUGCUCCGUACAAGUAUCCCAGAAAGAUGGAAUUUGUCCAGCAGCUGCCAAAGACUGUCAGCGGGAAAAUCAGAAGAAAUGAAUUACGGAAGAAGGAAUGGGGGCAGCUUUAGCUCUGCCCUCAUGUACGCACGGGUCCUCCAUUACUAUCCAUAUUAGGUAGCAAGUGUAGUGACUAGACACCAAGCAUUUGCAGGUAGUGUUUGGGGGUGGACGUAAUAACCUGAUUCCAGUUUCGUCCAUUGUGAUGCAGUUCUGCAUCCAGAAAGGAUUCUGAUCAUAGAACAGGGCUGUACAACUUCGGCCCUUCAGGUGUUGGACUACAACUCCCAUCAUCCCCAGCCACUGUGGCCAAUUGCAGGAGCUGAAGUGGCAAGGUAGACCUCUAGCGCGCAAGUGGAGGGAGACUCAGUGUGAAUCCAAUAGAUCACAACGCAGAGCACAUUUGAAGAUCUAUGCUCUGGCAAGCUACUUUUCUGCCCACAUUGCUUUUGCAAGUUCAAACCAGCCGAGUUAUCUAGGGUUGGGAGAGAGCUAGCAGGUGUCCCCUCCCCCUUGAACUCCCAGAAUUUGGAGCUUUUGAUCAUGUGCUAUAAUAAGUAAAAUUCAUAAGAGAUAUUUCUAGGCUGGUUUUUGUCUGUCUUCAGAUGUCCAUUGGUUAAGCCAUUGAUUCUCAACCACCGGGGUCCGUGGACUGGUGCUGGCCCGUGAGGCGUUGGUUACCGGUCUGUGAGGCAUCACUAAUAAAAAUCA